AUGUCCGAUGACGACGGCGUAUUAGGUUCAUUAGUUGCAACAGCAAAAAAAGCUUGGUUUUCAGAACUUGCGAAUUUCUCUGGUGAACCAGAGGGCAGCACCGUCGAACAAUUUUUAAAAAAUUUAAAAUUUAUUACGGCUGGAAACGAUAAAACAAAAGAUGAAGAAAGAUUACAAGUGGUUCGUGGAAAGCUCGUUAAAACAGCAGCCAAAUGGUUUGAUGAUAAUCAAGAAUUAUUUCAUAAUCAAUGGAAUAAAUUUGAAUACGCAUUUAGGAAUCGUUUUUCAUCAUCAAUCCAAUCGCAAAACAAAUUUGACAAAUUAUUACAACGGAGACAACAACAGAACGAAUCAGUUAUUACAUACUAUGAUGAAAAGGUGUCUUUAUGUCGUGAAUGCGAUUCAGCAAUGGAUGAUAAAGUAAUAAUUCAACAUUUAUUAAGCGGAAUAAGACCGGAUAUUGCAAAAUAA